AUGACAGGUCCUGAUGCAACAAAUAUUCCGGGAGGUAAAACAGUCCCCUAUUCGGAUCUCCAGGAGGGGACAGUAUUGGGAGAUGGCAUUGUAAGAUGUGCAGGGAGGGCAAAGAAGGCAGCAAAAAAAGAUCUGAAGCUGGCAACGUGGAAUGUCCAGACUAUGCUUAGACCAGGUAAAAUGAUGGAAAUCGCAGAGGAAAUGACUAAAUUUGACUUGGAUAUCGUGGCUCUGCAAGAGAUUAGAUGGCAGAGCCAAGGCAGAAUUGAAAAACAGAACUUUACAAUGUACUAUAGUGGACCGGAAACUAGAACAGGACUGUUCGGAACAGGCUUCAUAAUAAACAAAAAACUAAAAAAGCACAUUUUAGCAUUCGACCCUGUAUCUGAUGGAAUUUGUAAAUUGAGAAUUAAAUGUCGCCUCAGAAACAUCACAAUAAUAUCUGUACAUGCACCCACUGAAGAAAAAAGUAAUGAUGAUAAGGAAGAGUUCUAUGACAUCCUGAAGAAAACUGUAGAAAAGUCUCCAAAAUAUGAUAUGAAACUGAUAUUAGGAGACUUCAAUGCUAAGGUCGGCCAAGAAACUUUCAUGGCGGAUGUGGCCGGAAAAUUUUCAUUGCAUGAGGAAACAAGUGAUAAUGGCAGAAUGUUGGGACAGUUUGCAGCCUCAUGA